AUGAGCGAUAACAAUUUAGAAACACCAACUAAUGUUUCAGAGGAAACUAAAGUCGAAGAAGUUAAAGUAGAAAAUACUUUACCAAUUGAAGACGAAAAACUUGAACAACCAUCAGAAGAAAUUAAAGUUGAAGCCACAUCAGUCUCUGUUGAAGAAACCAAACCAACUGAAGAGGUAAAACCAGUCGAAGAAGUAAAACCAAUCGAAGAAGUAAAACCAGUUGAAGAAGUUAAACCAGUUGAAGAAGUCAAACCAGUCGAAGAAGUCAAACCAGUUGAAGAAGUCAAACCAACUGAAGAAGUAAAACCAGUCGAAGAAGUCAAACAAGACGAAGAAGUCAAACCAACUGAGGAAGUUAAACAAGUCGAAGAAGUCAAACAAGUCGAAGAAGUUAAGCAAGUCGAAGAAGUCAAACCAACUGAAGAAGUCAAACCAGUUGAAGAAGUUAAACCAGUUGAAGAAGUCAAACCAGUCGAAGAAGUCAAACCAGUUGAAGAAGCAAAACCAGUCGAAGAAGUUAAACCAACUGAAGAAGUAAAGCCAGUCGAAGAAGUAAAACCAGUCGAAGAAGUAAAACCAGUCGAAGAAGUAAAACAAGCUGAAGAAGUCAAACCAGUCGAAGAGGUCAAACCAGUUGAAGAAGUCAAACCAGUUGAAGAAGCAAAACCAACUGAAGAAGUCAAACCAACUGAAGAAGUAAAACCAACUGAAGAAGUAAAACCAACUGAAGAAGUCAAAUCAUCAGAAGAAGUAAAACCAGUUGAAGAAUCAACAAAAGAAACAAAGGCAACAGAAGAAGUUAAUGUUGAACCAAUUGUAUUAACAACAAUUAAAAAUGAAGAUGGACGUGAUGAAAAUGAUCUUUCAGUAUUCUUUAAGAAUGAAGGAAAGACAAAUUUCUGGAUGGGAGGUUGGCUUUGGACUCAUGUAGCACUUAAACAUUGUUAUAAUUUAUUAAUAAAAAGAUUGAAAACCUUUGAACCAAAAUCAAGAGCAGAGGUUGUCGAAAUGGUUAAGUCAGUUUCAUCAGUUCAUGAAUUCCUCCAUCAUCAUCAUGGUCAUGAGGAUAGCAUUGUCUGGUCAUGGUUAAAAGAAAAGAAACCAGAAGUAGCUGAACAUUUAGCUCUUAUGGAUACUCAACAUCACGAUUGGAUUGAAAAGAAUAAACAAUUGGAAGAAUUGGUUAAAUCAAUCACUGACAAUGUCGAAUUGAAAGACAGCAUCUCUGAGGGUUGGUCUGAAAUUUUCGGUAAAUUACAAACUAAUCUCAAUGAACAAAUCGAUAUUAUCUAUAUUCACUUUUUCGAUGAAGAACGUUUAAUCUUACCAACUGCAGUUCAAAUUCCAAAAGCUGAUCAAAUUAAACUUGGUGAUACCAUUCAUAAAGUAAUGAAAUCUGAAUCAUCAGCAAAGUUUGGUUUAGGUGCUAUGCUUGAUGCUGCUAAACUUCCACAAAAUAAAGAUAUGAGUGAUAAUUUGAAUAAAACUAUUCCAUGGUUCGUUAGAAAAGUAGUUUUCCCACUUAGUAUUAAAAAAGAUUUUGCUCAAUUCCUUAAUUUCAUUGAAGCUAAACCAGUUAAAGAAUCAAAACCAGUUAAAGAAUCAAAAUCUAAAACAACAACAACUACAACUACCACCACUACUACUGAAGAAGUUAAACCAUCAGAAGAAGUUAAACCAUCAGAAGAAGUUAAACCAUCAGAAGAAGUCAAACCAUCAGAAGAAGUCAAACCAUCAGAAGAAGUUAAACCAUCAGAAGAAGCUAAACCAUCAGAGGAAGUUAAACCAUCAGAAGAGGAAGCCAAACCAUCAAAAGAGGAAGCCGAAUCAUCAAAAGAGGAAGGCAAAUCAUCAGAAGAAGUUAAACCAGUUGAAUCAAACACCACCACCACUACCACAACAACUUCAUCAGAAGAAGUUAAAUCAACUGAAGAAAUCAAACCAACCACUCAAUCAGAAGAAGUUAAGCCAUCUGAAACUACUGUUGUUGUUGGUGAAGUUGCUUAA